GAUGGCAUUAGCAGCAUCAGUGAUAUAGCUGUGUCAGCCUCCUUGACUACUGGAUGUCUGUAAUCGCACGGAGGGAACUAUAUUUAAGAUCUGAUAUCUUGAGGGUAAUGACUCCAGCACUUACUGAUGGACAGAAUGGCUGUUAAUGCUUUCUUCACUAGCCCAGAAGAUUUUGAGAGAUAGAUGGGUCUGUGAUGCACUUUCGUAAGGCAGGAAAUGCAAUUUUUGGGGGUCUCUGGAAAUAGAAAGGUCAUGCAGCUUGGAACCGGUGAGACAUUACAGUCCCUAAGUCAUCAGAUGGGGAAGCUGAGGCACAGAGGUUAAGUGACUUUCCCACGGCCACACAACAAGUCAGUGGCAGAUCCAGGAUUAGUACUCGGGGACUUCCUGGAUCCCUCUCCCAUGCUUUAAGCAGUAGACCACAGUGUUCACUGGACCCAGCAAGCAACUCAUUGCAAUUAUGGACAGUUCCAAGGACUCUUACCUGAGAAAUGAUGAAGAGGCUGUUGUGGAUAGAGGUGGAACACGCUCCAUUCUCAAAACACAUUUUGAAAAGGAAGAUCUAGAAGGCCAUCGAACAUUGUUCAUUGGAGUUCAUGUGCCACUGGGUGGAAGAAAAAGUCACCGACGCCAUAGGCACCGCGGACAUAAACACAGAAAGAGAGACAGAGAGCGAGAUUCAGGAUUAGAAGAUGGAAGAGAGUCUCCUCCUUUUGAUACCCCAUCACAAAGGGUGCAGUUUAUUCUUGGAACAGAAGAUGAUGACGAGGAGCACAUUCCUCAUGAUCUCUUUACGGAGCUUGAUGAAAUUUGUUGGCGUGAAGGAGAGGACGCGGAGUGGAGGGAGACAGCAAGGUGGUUGAAGUUUGAAGAAGAUGUAGAGGAUGGUGGAGAGAGAUGGAGCAAACCAUAUGUUGCCACACUGUCACUUCAUAGCCUGUUUGAGCUAAGAAGCUGUAUCCUGAAUGGCACGGUUCUUUUGGACAUGAGAGCUAACUCCAUAGAAGAAAUUGCAGAUAUGAUUCUGGAUCAGCAGGUGAGUUCUGGGCAGCUCAGUGAGGAUGUUCGUCACAGAGUGCAUGAGGCAUUACUGAAACAGCAUCACCAUCAGAAUCAGAAGAAACUGAGCAACAGAAUCCCAAUUGUGAGAUCCUUUGCUGAUAUUGGAAAGAAGCAGUCUGAGCCCCAUUCCAUGGAUAAAAAUGCAGGUCAGAUUGUUUCCCCACAGUCUGCUCCAGCCUGUAUUGAAAACAAAAAUGAUGUGAGCAGAGAAAAUAGCACUGUUGACUUUAGCAAGGUUGACCUACACUUCAUGAAAAAGAUACCACCUGGAGCUGAAGCAUCAAACAUCUUAGUUGGUGAACUGGAGUUCCUGGACCGUGCGGUUGUUGCCUUUGUUAGGUUAUCUCCUGCAGUGCUGCUUACGGGACUAGCUGAAGUUCCGAUUCCAACAAGGUUUCUGUUUAUUCUUCUUGGACCACUUGGUAAAGGGCAACAAUACCAUGAGAUUGGAAGAUCAAUUGCAACACUAAUGACAGAUGAGGUGUUCCACGACGUUGCAUACAAAGCAAAAGACCGCAAUGACUUGGUAUCUGGAAUCGAUGAGUUUCUUGAUCAGGUUACUGUUCUCCCUCCUGGAGAGUGGGACCCAACAAUUCGAAUAGAACCACCUAAAAAUGUUCCCUCUCAGGAGAAGCGUAAGAUCCCAGGAGUGCCAAAUGGGACUGCAGCCCAUGGGGACGCAGAACAACCUGGAGGACAUUCUGGACCAGAACUGCAACGCACUGGAAAAUUUUUUGGAGGAUUGAUUUUAGAUAUAAAAAGAAAAGCUCCCUUCUUCUGGAGUGACUUCAGGGAUGCUCUCAGUCUGCAGUGUCUGGCAUCAUUUUUGUUUCUCUACUGUGCUUGCAUGUCUCCUGUCAUCACAUUUGGUGGUCUGCUGGGAGAAGCAACUGAAGGUCGUAUAAGUGCAAUAGAAUCGCUGUUUGGAGCAUCCAUGACUGGAAUUGCCUACUCUCUCUUCGGUGGACAGCCUCUCACUAUACUUGGCAGCACUGGACCAGUUUUAGUAUUUGAGAAGAUCUUAUUCAAAUUUUGCAAAGAGUAUGGAUUGUCGUACCUUUCUCUGAGAGCUAGCAUUGGACUGUGGACUGCAAUCCUGUGCAUCAUCCUUGUUGCAACUGAUGCAAGCUCCCUAGUCUGCUACAUUACCCGGUUUACUGAAGAAGCUUUUGCUUCUCUUAUCUGCAUCAUUUUCAUUUAUGAGGCCUUAGAGAAGCUGUUUCAUCUCAGUGAGACAUAUCCAAUCAACAUGCAUAAUGAUUUGGAUCUGCUGACAAAGUACUCAUGCAGUUGUGUGGAACCAGAACAUCCUAGCAAUAAAACCUUACGAUACUGGCAGGACUACAACAUAUCUGCGUCUGACGUGCCAUGGGGGAACCUAACUGUGUCAGAAUGUAAAAAGUUUCACGGAGAGUUUGUUGGACGGGCCUGUGGUCAUCAUGGCCCUUAUGUUCCAGAUGUUCUCUUCUGGUCUGUCAUCUUAUUCUUUUCUACAGUAACGCUGUCAUCCACACUGAAGCAGUUCAAAACUAGCCGCUACUUCCCAACAAAGGUACGAUCUGUUGUCAGCGAUUUUGCUGUCUUUCUCACUAUUUUGUCCAUGGUUUUAAUUGACUAUGCCAUUGGGAUUCCAUCACCAAAACUUCAGGUUCCAAAUGCUUUUAAGCCCACCAGAGAUGAUCGUGGCUGGUUUAUUACUCCUUUGGGGCCUAAUCCUUGGUGGACAGUCAUAGCUGCUGUAAUUCCAGCCCUGCUUUGUACUAUCCUUAUCUUUAUGGACCAGCAGAUCACAGCUGUCAUUAUCAAUAGAAAAGAACACAAACUAAAGAAAGGAUGUGGAUACCAUCUCGACCUACUUAUGGUGGCAGUCAUGCUUGGAGUGUGCUCUAUUAUGGGAUUGCCAUGGUUUGUUGCAGCCACUGUCCUCUCUAUUUCCCAUGUGAAUAGCUUAAAACUGGAAUCGGAGUGCUCCGCUCCAGGGGAGCAGCCAAAAUUUCUUGGAAUCCGGGAGCAGAGAGUCACAGGGCUCAUGAUUUUUAUCCUUAUGGGCUCAUCUGUCUUUUUGACAAGUAUCCUGAAGUUUAUUCCUAUGCCAGUACUUUAUGGAGUAUUUCUUUACAUGGGUGCUUCAUCUCUAAAGGGAAUUCAGCUUUUUGACAGGAUAAAGUUAUUCUGGAUGCCGGCGAAGCAUCAGCCAGAUUUUAUUUAUCUGAGGCAUGUUCCUCUUAGAAAGGUCCAUCUCUUCACUGUAAUUCAGCUGAGUUGUCUUGUGCUUCUGUGGAUUAUAAAGGUUUCAAGAGCUGCCAUUGUCUUUCCUAUGAUGGUCCUAGCUUUGGUAUUUGUCCGAAAACUCAUGGAUUUCUUUUUUACUAAGCGGGAGCUCAGUUGGUUAGAUGAUUUGAUGCCCGAGAGCAAGAAAAAGAAACUGGAAGAUGCUGAGAAAGAGGAAGAGCAAAGUAUGUUAGCAAUGGAAGAGGAAGGGACUGUUCAGUUACCACUAGAAGGACAUUACAGAGAUGACCCAUCUGUGAUAAACAUUUCUGAUGAAAUGGCAAAAACUGCUGUGUGGAAGACAUUGUUGAUAUCCUCGGAGAAUGCAAAAGAUAAGGAGUCAAGCUUUCCUUCUAAAAGUGCUGAAAUCAGAAAAGAGAAGAAAGCUGACUCAGGGAAAGGUGUUGACCGGGAGACUUGUCUAUGA